UUCCAGGAAUCUCGCCCAUCCAGUACAACCCCGACGCCGCCCCCGAUGAGAGCCUCGUCUUCCGCCACUAUGACGCCCAGCAGGAGGUCUUGGGGCGGACCAUGGAGGAGUGGCUGAGGUUCUCCGUGGCGUACUGGCACUCGUUCCGCGGCACAGGCAGCGACCCGUUCGGCGCCGGCACCAUCAGGAGGCCCUGGGACGACGGCACCGAAUCGCUGGAGAAUGCCAAGCGGCGUCUUCGGGCGGCCUUCGAGUUCUUCUCCAAACUCGGCAACAAGUACUGGACCUUCCACGACCGCGACCUGGCUCCCGAAGGCGCCACGAUCGCGGAGACCAACGCCAACCUGGACCAGCUGGUUGAACUGGCGGCCGAGUUGCAGAAGAAGACGGGCGUGAAGCUGCUGUGGGCGACGUGCAAUCUCUUCGCCCAUCCCAGGUACAUGCACGGCGCCGCCACCAGCUGCGACGCCCACGUGACGGCCUACGCGGGGCCCAGGUCAAAGAAGGGGCUGGAGGUCGCCCGACUCGGGGCGGAGAACUUCGUGUUCUGGGGCGGCCGCGAGGGGUACCUCUCCCUGCUCAACACCGACGUCAAGGCGGACCUGGACCACCUCGCCGCCUUCUUCAGGAUGGUCAUCGUCUACAAGGAGAAGAUCGGCUUCAAGGGCCAGCUCCUGAUCGAGCCCAAGGCCAAGGAGCCCACCCGCCACCAGUACGACUACGACGCCCAGACGGUCAUGUCCUUCCUGCACCAGUACGGCCUCACGCAGCACUUCAAGCUCAACAUCGAGCCCAACCACACCACGCUGGCCGGCCACCCGCACGAGCACGACGUCGUCUUCGCGUCGGCGUACGGCAUGCUGGGAAGUAUCGACGCCAACACAGGCUCGCCGGACCUGGGAUGGGACACCGAUCAGUUCCCGAUGGACGUCCGUAACUGCACUGUUAUCAUGAAAACGGUCGUGGAACAGGCCAGAUACGCCUCGUGGAACUCUGGCGUGGGCGCUCGCAUCGCCGCCGGGGAGGCGUCGCUGGAGGAGUGCGAGAAGGUCAUCCUCGAGCGCGGGGAUCCCAAGCCUUCGUCGGGACACCAGGAACACUUCGAGGCCAUGUUGAACCACUAUAUCUAAAGAUGGCGAAUGAAGUACAUGGCAAAGGAGAAGGGAGAAAAAAAAUAAUAAAACAGCUUUUUAAAACAGUUCAAAGUUCUUCUGGGUUCAUCCUUACCAGUUAAGAGCUUCAGUCAAAAUAAAAGCAAGAAAAUGAAGUCACAGGAGAAUCACUGCCAUAAAUUUACAAAAUGUGAAAUGCAGUUUGUAUGAAUUAUUUUUCAGGAAUUUAGUGUUCUUGUAUAAAUAUGUUUAAAAAAAUAAACAACAGAGAGGUUG